GUAAUGUUAUGGAACCCAUGUCCACUUGAAUAAACUGUACACAACAAUGACCCCCUGUACACUCACCUCUUCAGACUCUAGGGGGCAACGUCGCAAUACUUUUAGGAAUAGACGGACUUCACCACCGAACAACAGAGUUUCUAAACCCGACACGGGAAGUAGGAAGUAGCAAUAACUUUGCAGCUGGCUAGCGAUCUUUACAGUGGAUGUGUCAAAAUAAUUUUUGAUUGACCAAAAAAUAACGUCUCGUCAGCUAGCCUGAGUCAUUGGAUCAGCCAUGGGAAAGGGUGGUGGAACAUUUGAGAGGCUUCUUGAUAAAGCCACCAGUCAGCUGCUGCUGGAGACAGACUGGGAGUCCAUCCUGCAGAUCUGUGAUCUCAUCCGUCAAGGAGACACACAGGCGAAGUAUGCCAUCGGAGCCAUUAAGAAGAAGCUGAUGGAUAAGAACCCACAUGUGGCUCUCUAUGGUCUUGAGGUGUUGGAGUCAGUAGUGAAGAACUGUGGGCAGACGGUCCAUGAUGAGGUGGCCUGUAAAACCACCAUGGAGGAGCUGAAGGAUCUACUGAAGACGGAGCCCAACGUGAGGAAUAAGAUCCUUUACCUGAUCCAGGCCUGGGCCCACGCCUUCCGCAACGAGCCCAAAUACAAGGUGGUUCAGGACACGUACCAGAUCAUGAAGGUGGAGGGUCACGUGUUUCCAGAGUUCAAGGAGAGUGAUGCCAUGUUUGCUGCAGAGAGAGCUCCAGAUUGGGUGGAUGCAGAGGAGUGUCAUCGCUGCCGCGUUCAGUUUGGAGUGAUGACUAGAAAGCAUCACUGCAGAGCCUGUGGUCAGAUCUUCUGUGGGAAGUGUUCCUCCAAGUACUCCACCAUCCCCAAGUUUGGCAUCGAGAAGGAAGUGCGUGUGUGUGAGCCCUGCCACGAGCUGCUCAACAACCACCCUUCCCUCUCUCCCCCGCCUAGGAAAGCUGAAGGGGGUAAACCCGUCGGGACAUCCACCUCCGUGGCCCCAGGCCCGGCAGAGCUGCCGCCAGAGUACCUGACCAGCCCCCUGUCCCAGCAGUCUCAGGUAGUGGUCCAGGAAACAGUGCCCCCCAAACGGGACGAGGCGGCCCUGCAGGAGGAGGAGGAGCUUCAGCUGGCCAUCGCCCUAUCACAGAGCGAGGCUGAGGAGAAGGAGAGGAUGAGACAGAAGAACUCGUACGGGGUCUACCCCAAAGCUGACCCCGCCCCAGUCACCUCCUCAGCCCCCCCCGUCAACUCACUCUACUCUUCUCCUGUGAACUCCUCUGCUCCCUCAGCUGAAGAUGUGGACCCCGAGGUGGCUCGCUACCUGAACAGAACGUACUGGGAGAAGAAACAGGAAGAGGCACGCAAGAGUCCCACCCCCUCUGCCCCUGCCCCCGUACCAUUGGCUACUGAGCCCCUGCCAAUCAGCCAGCCCCAGCCAGUGGAAACUGUCGCACCACUCCCAGCUCAAGUCGUCAUGGCCCCGCCUCCAGUCAACGUAGUGGAGCAGCAGUAUCAGAAUGGUGAGUCGGAGGAGAACCACGAUGCGUUCCUGAAGGCUCUGCAGAAUGCGGUCACCACCUUCCUGAACCGUAUGAAGAGUAACCACAUGCGUGGUCGCAGCAUCACCAACGACAGCGCCGUGCUCUCCCUCUUCCAGUCCAUCAACACCAUGCACCCCCAGCUACUGGACAUCCUCAAUCAGCUGGACGAGAAGAGACUGUACUACGAGGGUCUGCAGGACAAGCUGGCCCAGGUGCGUGAUGCGAGGGCCGCCCUGAACGCCCUACGAGACGAGCACAGAGAGAAGCUGCGUCGUGCUGCCGAGGAGGCGGAGAGACAGAGACAGAUCCAGCUGGCCCAGAAACUAGAGAUCAUGAGACAGAAGAAACAGGAGUACCUUGAGAUGCAGCGUCAGCUGGCCAUCCAGCGGCUUCAGGAGCAGGAGAAGGAGAGACAGAUGAGGCUGGAGCAACAGAAACACACCAUCCAGAUGAGAGCCCAGAUGCCUGCCUUCCCCAUGCCCUACCCACAGAUGCAGUCUUUGCCCCCCAACGUGGCAGGAGGGGUGGUGUACGGGCAGCCGGGGGGACCCCCCAGUUACCCAGGCACCUUUAGCCCCUCAGGGUCAGUGGAGGGGUCGCCCAUGCACAACGUCUACAUGAACCAGCCUGGACCAGGACAGUACCAGGCCAUGCCUCCAGACCCCAACAUGUACAUGUACCAGCCUGCAGGAACCAAUGGGCAGCCUGCACUCCCUGGCCAGGCCCCGCCCACCACUAGCCCCGCCUACUCUAACUACCAGCCCACACCCACACAGGGAUACCAGCAGAACGUGGUGUCCCAGGCCCAGUCUCUGCCCCCCAUGUCCCAGCCUCCCCCCACUAACGGUAUGUCCUAUGUGGCCUACCCUCCACCUUACGCCAUGCAGAAUAUGAUGGCAGCCCUACCUGGGCAGGACCCCAACAUGCCCCCACAACAACCAUACAUGCAGGGCCCAGGACAACAGCCCAUGUACCAACAGAUGGCUCCCCCUGGUGGCCCCCAGCAGCAGGUUCAGCAGCAGCAGCCUCCGCAGGUCCAUCCAGGCAGCGAGGCACAGCUCAUCUCCUUCGACUGAUCCAUCCACCUGGCUAGCUCAGCUUAACGUUACCACCUGCUGCUGGCAGGGUUCAACACUACACCCUCUCUCCUCUUCUGUCCUCACCUCUCUUCUCCUCUUCUGUCCUCACCUCUGUCCUCACCUCCUCUGUGUUCUCCUCUCUCUCUGCUGGGCUCGUGGCCUGGAUUCCCCAACAAACACACAUGUUUCUUACAAUGUUUCUGUUUUGUUACGGCAAUGUUGUGAAAUAACGGACAUGUUACCCCUCCUCCUAGGCAUCCUCUCUCCCCCACCUGACAUGGAGGAUGAGAGGAGUGAGGAGUGAGGAGGGGGAUAGGUAGGGUUACUAUGCACCAUGCAUACCCCGGGUUUGUAUUCACUAGGAACCUAGACGGGGAGUGACUACCAGAACUUAUAAGAAACACUUUCCCUUUUAAUGCGUUUUGCUACAGUGUUCCCUCCUCUCUCUCUGUCUCUCUCUCUCUCUGAUAAUGUAUGUAGUCUUUCUCUUCUGAAAGUAAUAUCUGAAGCUCAUCUAGUCAGUGGUAUAAUAAAGGAACAAAUCAAAUAUGAUAGGAAUCAAUGGAAUCUAAGACAAGACCAUAAUCAUCCUUCCUCAUAUUUGUAUAAGCUAGUUUGCAUGUUAAAGUCCUUAUUUUCAUGGACAUGGCAGAUGUGUUACAGCAGUAACUGUUCUGGAGUCAUAUUGUGGUGAGUGGACAUGUUUCAUACUGCCAUGUUUCAUACUGCCUGCUUGGUUGACCAAGGCUGUAGGAGUUAAUGGAGAUGGGGAAUGAAAGAUGUAGGACAGAGCACAGAAAGCACCUCGAACAGGUUCUAGUGAGAGUGUCCGAGAAGGGAGGGAUGGAUGGAUGGAGGGAGGGAUGGAUGAAUGGAGGGAGGGAUGGAUGAAUGGAGGGAGGGAUGGAUGAAUGGAGGGAGGAAUGGAUGAAUGGAGGGAGGAAUGGAUGAAUGGAGGGAGGAAUGGAUGAAUGGAUGAAUGGAGGGAGGGAGGAAGGGGGGAGGGAUAAAUGGAUGAAGGGAGGAAUGGAUGAAUGGAGGAAGGAAUGGAGGGAGGGAGGGAGGAAAGGAUGAAUGGAGGGAGGGAUGACUGGAUGGAUGCACUAACCCACCUCUCCUAACCUCCUGAGUUUACAUUCAGGUGUAAUUUUCCACACACACAUCCACUGACACAGAGCUCAUUUUAAAGUGUAGAUUGGCCGUCUUAUGUUGGUUAGGCUUGGUAAUGUUUUUCACUAUAUCUUUUUGAGUUGAUGGAGAACAUGGGAGAAAGAACCUUUUUAUUAGUUUGUACACGUCUGAUAGUUAAAUUCUUACCAAUCAGACUGGCUGAGGCGAAGCAGUAUGAGACUACAAUAGAACACUUACAUCCAGUGUGGAACUACAGUUCCCAAUAUUCACAGCUCCAGAGACAGAUUACCACCAUCACUCUCUCAAGGUGUCCUAUGUCACAACUGUUGACAUAAUGGGUCUCUCCCAACAACUCCAUUAACCACAAUGCCUUGCGUCACACUCCAGGAGGAACUAGUGUGAAUAUAAUUUAAGAUUAAAUGUAGUUCCAUUGCCAAAUAUUAACUAGCAGUUAUCCAGAGGGUUGCAGUCAGGUCGAUAUGGCUGUUUCCUCAGGCAGCCCCAUUCUGAUCUUUUGACCAAUUAGUGGUAAAAGAUCUGAUCUGAUUGGUCAAAAGAUCAGUUAGUGGCAAACCCCCCAGAAUGUGGCUGCCUGUGUAAACACACCCUAUGAGAGAGUAGAGACCCUCUGACUGUGUGUCCUAAAUAGCACCCAUUUUCCUAUAUAGUGCACUACUUUUGACCAGAGCCCUAUAGGUGUGUAUCUGUGGGUGCUGAGAUGUAGACAGGGCUGAGAUGAAGUUAUCUGAUCUGUAGAGAGGGACUCUACAUUAGAUGGGCUUCCAUUUUGUUUCUGGUGCUAGUUUCAGUAAAGUUCGGUUUAAUCACAAAACUAUUUCCUCAGUUCCUCGUUUCCUUUCCUUGGUUCUUCAAUUCUUUGCCCGCUUCCGUAUGAUGUUUUUGAGGAGGAGGAGGAGAGGACCUAGGGGAGGGAAUCAGGAAAAAACUUUUGAGAUCCACCCUUUCGGAGUGUCUUUCAGAACCCUGUGGGUCGCGAGUGGAGAGGUGGUGGUAGUCAGUUCUUCAGGGUAUGUACAUGUGAUGUACAUGUGUUGUGCAUGUAUGUAACAUACACCCAAUCAGUGACUUCUUCUGUAACCCCUUUGAUGCCAUCUUUGAACUUCUUUACUUCAUCAUUAAUGAUCUUCUGUCUGACUUCUUUAAAGUCAUUUUAAGAUUAUAUUUAAUAAAUAUCUUGUUCUCUUGUC